AUGUCCAAGCGAAUUCAGUACAAGGUCGACGGCCAAGUCCAAGGCGUCUGUUUCAGAGCUUACACCGUCGAAGAAGCCAACAAGAUCGGCGUCACCGGCUUCGUGAAGAAUGCCUCGGACGGAACGGUGACUGGUGAGGCCCAGGGCGACGACAACCAAAUCCAGCAGUUCACCCAGUGGCUCAACAAGGGUCCGUCGGCCGCCAGGGUCACUGGCGUCGAGCAGUCAGAGAUCGACCCCAAGCAGGGCGAGAGCGGUUUCAAGCAGUAA